AUGUCUACGACUUCCUCCACUACCUCGUCCGUGAGCACAACCAGUACUGCCUGCGGUGGCAGCGUCUGGCAAAUCCCAACGACAGACUCAGCUUGUGCGGCCGUCAUCAGCGGAAAUAUGACCGAUGUGAUGGAUGAAUGCUGCAAGGACGCGAAGGUCUCCAAGUACGACAACGACUGCGGCAUCUACUGCCUCGCGCAAGGCCAAAAUGUCGACAAGCUUCAGUCUUGCCUCACUAGCAAGAGUGGCAACUAUCACGAUGUCUUUUGCAACGCCGCUCUCAAUGCGACCGCUACAGCCACAGCGACGGGCUCAAAGUCCACUUCCUCAGGCACCGGUAGUAGCACGCACUCGUCUGCUGCCUCGACUUCCACAAAUGCCGCUAUUUCCAACCAGCCUAUCUCCAAGUCCGGUGUUGGAAUGAUUGCGCUCCUUUUCGGCUCUGCUUUGAUGGCUGUUAUCUCUUAA